CUUGAGCCCAACUCUCACCAUACUGGUGCUCGCUUCGACGCGUAUUCUUCCCCACUGCCCACUCCCCAUCCGCCUCCUCUCCUCUCGAAUUUCUUCCUGUGGAUUCUUAUCUUGCUUAUUUACCCGUCUUCUACGUGACCCCUCCUCAUAAUGCCCAAGGCCGAGACAACAACCGUCACUCGCCGGUCGGCGCGUAUUGCGUCGGCUGGAUCUGCACCCAAGAAAGAGGAACCGAAGCCAGCGGAGAAGGUGACUAAGCCGAAGGCGAAGCCUAAGUCGACCGAGGCAAAGGCCAAGUCGACUGAGACGCAGCCCAAGUCUACUGAGGCUAAGUCCAAGUCGACCGAGGCCGAGCCCAAGGCCGCGCCCAAGUCCAAGGAGCCCAAGUCCACUGAUAAUGAGACCAAGGCGGCGCCUAAGUCUAAGGAGCCCAAGUCCAAGGAGACCAAGGCGAAGGAGCCAAAGUCCAAGGAGACGAAGACCAAGGAGCCCAAGUCCAAGGAGCCAAAGUCCAAGGAGACCAAGGCCAAGGAGCCUAAGUCUAAGGAGACCAAGCCCAAGUCGAAGCCCAAGCCCAAGUCAACGGAUGACAAGAUGGACGUGGACGAGCCUGCCGAAGACAAGGCAGACGAGGACAAGUCCGCUGAAGACAAGCCCAAGUCUUCGGACAACAACAAGCCGCCGUCGGCCUCGCGUGGCGCGCUGCAGCUCGGCUCGACCUUGCCCAAGCUCACCCUGCAGAACGAGGACGGCGAGGACGUUGACGUCUCUACGCUGACUGGCGAGCGCGGCGUAGUCAUCUUCCUGUACCCGCGUGCUGACACCCCGGGCUGCACCAACCAGGCGUGCGGGUACCGCGACCUGUCGGCCGAGCUUGGCGAGCUCGGUUAUGACGUCUACGGCCUCAGCAAGGACAAGCCCGCUGCCCAGCUCAAGUGGAAGACCAAGAAGGAGCUCAAGUACCACCUCCUCUCGGACCCCGAGAGCAAGCUCAUCAAGCGGCUCGGCGCUUUCAUUGCCCCAAGCAACACCAAGCGCUCGCACUUCAUCUUCGAGAAGGGCUCGGGCAAGCUCAUCGAGGCUGCUCUGGGCGUCAAGGCGGCUGAGGACCCUAAGAACGCACUCAAGUUCCUCCAGUCGCACCACAAGUAGUCUUGGAUUUUGUAUCUCGGGUUUGUGUUAUGUCAAUGGUCGUGUAAGGUUCCAUGCAGCCCGCCUGAUCCUUCGAGUGUCCGUUAGUUGUAAGC